UGAGUAAUAUUUCAAAGCAUCUGUCGGGAAUCAGAGAAGGGUUGUUGGAUUGCCGGAGUUCAGGCGAUGGCGGAUAAAGAAAGCUGCGUAGAGUGAGUGAAUGAGGGAAGCGAGAUUUCCAGCCGUUAAUGUGAAGAGGCGGAGCGACGAUGACAAGCAUGAGGGAGAGGGAGUGAUAACGUGGCAAAAGAUGGGAGAGGCUGUGUCAUUGUUGGAGAUCCAGGAUAUGUGGACAUAUUGUAUCCACACGGGGAGGCAGAGAGAGGCUGGUGCAGCAGCAGGAACCACAUGAGAAGCGGGAGGAGUCGCAAGGGGAGAGACAAAUAAAACUCCACGCCCCUCUCUGCCGAGCAUCCAUUUACUGAGCAGCUGAUGUCUGCUGCUUCACUGGACGCGUACAGACUCAGCAGUAACAGAAGGGAAAAAAACCCCACAGUGCAGUGGGGCUCUGGAUUUGGAUAACAGUACCCAGGCAGCAAAAUGUAUCAACCUCGCCACCGUGGAGAAGUCUUUCAGCAGGCACUGGAGCAUUUCUGAAGAGGUUUGUUGCAUCAUUCAUGCAGGACACGUUGGAUAUACUUUACCUCAAGGGGAGGAUUUAAAACCCAGACUCUAUCUGAAGCUGCUCAUCGCCUAUCAGAGGAGGAUCUGGAGUCUCAUCCAGCUGAUUAACAGAGAGGAGUGGGUUUAAGUAAACUGCCAUCAUCCCAAUUUAUCUAACUGGAAUUCUACAGGUUGCUCUCAAGCUUUUGGUUCAAGCCAAGUUUCAAACAUGACCACCAUGCAGAAGCUGCUGCAGCUGCCGGUGAAUGCGGUGAACAUCGUGAAGACGGUGCAGAGUCAGGUCCAGGGCCAGGAGGAGGAUAAGAGCCCAGUGCUGACCCCUGACAGUGGGCAGCACUCCUGGUAUAGCGCCCUGCAGCCUGAUGAGCUUCGCCACCUCCGAUCUGGAGGUUCAGGAGGAGGUGGUGGCGGUGGCGGCGGUGGUGGGGACCAUGAAGAACGAGCACAACAAGAGGAAGGUGGUGGUGGAGGUGGUGGCGGCAGUUUCCAAACUCAACCUUUGCGACAUGAUGACUUGAAGGAGAUGCUGGACAGCAACAAAGACUCUCUGAAGUUGGAGGCAAUGAAGCGGAUCGUGGCUAUGAUAGCCCGAGGUAAAAAUGCAUCAGAUCUCUUCCCUGCUGUGGUGAAAAACGUGGCCUGUAAAAACAUAGAGGUCAAGAAGCUGGUCUAUGUCUACUUGGUGCGUUACGCUGAGGAGCAGCAGGAUCUUGCUCUGCUCUCCAUUUCCACGUUUCAGCGAGGGCUGAAGGAUCCAAACCAGCUGAUCAGAGCCAGCGCCCUGCGAGUUCUCUCUAGCAUCCGAGUCACGAUCAUCGUCCCCAUAAUGAUGUUGGCCAUCAAAGAGGCUGCUUCGGAUAUGUCUCCUUAUGUCAGGAAGACAGCUGCUCAUGCAAUCCCCAAACUUUACAGUUUGGAUCCAGAACAGAAAGACCAACUGAUUGAAGUCAUAGAGAAACUCCUCGCUGACAAAACCACGUUGGUGGCAGGAAGCGUUGUCAUGGCUUUUGAGGAGGUGUGUCCGGAGCGCAUCGACCUGAUCCACAAGAACUACAGGAAGUUGUGUAACCUCCUGAUUGACGUGGAGGAGUGGGGACAGGUUGUCAUAAUCAACAUGCUGACCCGCUAUGCCAGGACCCAGUUCCUCAACCCAAACAUGAACGAGUCCCUGUUGGAGGAGGGGAGCGGAGGGGAUAGGACUUUCUAUGGCUCAGAUGAAGAUGAGGACGAGGAUGAGGAGGAGAAAGAAAAGAAGGCUGAGGCUCCUGCCAUGGCCAAGAGGAAGCCGUAUGUGAUGGAUCCAGACCACCGGCUGCUGCUGAGGAACACUAAGCCGCUCCUCCAGAGCCGCAACGCAGCUGUGGUGAUGGCUGUGGCUCAGCUGUAUUUCCAUCUUGCCCCUAAAGCGGAGGUCGGGGUGAUUGCCAAGGCCUUGGUCCGUCUCCUCAGGAGCCACAGUGAAGUUCAGUAUGUUGUUCUUCAGAACGUGGCAACAAUGACGAUCAAGAGAAGGGGGAUGUUUGAACCCUACCUGAAGAGUUUCUACAUCCGGUCUACAGACCCAACCCAGAUCAAAGUCCUUAAGCUGGAGGUCCUCACCAAUCUGGCCAAUGAGACAAACAUCUCCACCAUUCUCAGAGAGUUUCAGACAUACAUUAAAAGCAUGGAUAAAGACUUUGUGGCUGCCACAAUCCAAGCCAUCGGCCGUUGUGCCACCAACAUUGGAGAGGUGAGGGACACAUGUCUAAAUGGCCUUGUGCAGCUGCUGUCCAACCGAGAUGAGUUGGUUGUAGCCGAGUCUGUGGUGGUUAUUAAGAAGCUGUUGCAGAUGCAACCAGAGAAGCACAGCGACAUCAUAAAGCACAUGGCUAAACUAACAGACAACAUCCAGGUGCCAAUGGCACGGGCCAGCAUCUUGUGGCUGAUUGGAGAAUAUUGUGAGCACGUUCCUAAGAUCGCCCCGGAUGUCCUGAGGAAGAUGGCCAAGUCAUUCACUAAUGAGGAGGAUAUUGUGAAGCUACAAAUUAUCAAUUUAGCCGCCAAGCUCUAUCUCACCAACUCUAAACAGACCAAACUAUUGACACAGUAUGUUCUCAACUUGGCCAAGUAUGACCAGAACUAUGACAUCCGUGAUCGGGCACGCUUCAUUCGCCAGCUCAUCGUGCCCACCGAGAAGAGUGGAGCACUCAGCAAGUAUGCAAAGAAACUGUUCCUCGCCCUCAAACCUGCACCAGUCCUCGAGUCUCCAUUUAAAGAUCGAGACCACUUUCAGUUGGGUUCAUUGUCCCACCUGCUGAAUGCAAAGGCCGGCGGCUACCAGGAAUUGCCUGACUGGCCUGAAGCUGCCCCAGACCCCUCCGUGCGCAACGUGGAGGUGAAGGAUUCUAUAGAAGAAGUCAUAGACACCAGCGAGGGCCGGAUCGGCCUGCUAGGAGACUGGCGAGAGGUUUUUACGCUGCUUGAAAGAGUCACAACAUUAACGAGUGUGCCAGAAUGGACCAAAUGCAGCAGCCGAGAGAAGAGGAAGGAGAAGAAAGUGGAAAAGCCAUUCUACUCUGACUCGGAGGGCGAGUCUGGCCCGACGGAGUCGGCUGACAGUGAGUCGGACUCUGCCAGCGGCUCAGAAAGUGGCAGCGGCAGCGAGGAGAGUGCGUCGGGAUCAGAGAGUGAAGAGAGUGAGGAUGGCUCUGAGUCAGAGGAAGAGGAGGAGGAAGAGGAGGAAGAAAAGGAAAAGAAGAAGAAAAAGAAGGAAUUAAAGAAGCCGGUGCAAGAAAGUGAAAGUGAGCAGAGCAGUGAAGAAGAAGAGAGGAAGCAUGAGAGGAAGACUAAACAACGUAAGAGUGACUCAGAGUCUGAAUCGGAUGAGGACGAGGAGAGCGAGUCUGAGAGCAGCCAAUCAGAGUCUGAAGAGUCUGAGUCGGAGGCAGAGGUCAAAAAGAAAAAAAAGUCAGCUGAAUCUAAACCUCCUUCUAAGCCUGUCAAGAAGGAGAGCAAGAAAGAGAAGAAAGAAAUGUCUCUGCUCGACCUUGAUGAUUUCGAACCUGCUCCUUCUCCUCAAGUCACCCCUGUCAACACCUUCCUGUCAAAUAGCCUUGUGACCGACCUGGAGGGAUUGUCUCUGUCUGAUACUGUUCUCUCUCCGGCAACCAUUGCUCCCUCCAGUGCACUAAAGAACUACGAGAUGCUGCACCGGAUCACGGGGGAGGGUCUGUCGGUGGAGUACUGCUUCAGCCGACAGCCAUUCAGCCCUGAUGCCAACAUGGUGGCGGUGCAGAUGCAGUUCACCAACAACGCCACCUCUGACACGAAGAACCUGCACAUAGAGGAUGUGAAACUGCAGUCUGGGAUGAGGGUCAAAGAGUUUUCUGAGAUUGAGCUGCUGCCUGCAGGCGAGACGGCCACAGCUGUGAUGGGCAUCGAUUUCUGUGACUCAACACAAGCAGCAAACUUCCAGCUGUGCACUCACACCAGGAAAUUCUUCGUGUCUAUUCAGCCACCAGUUGGAGAGCUGAUGAGGCCUGUCUUCCUGACAGAGAACGAGUUUAAAAAGGAGCAAGGUCAGCUGAUGGGUAUGAAUGAGAUCACAGAGAAGCUAACUCUGGACAUGAAGUGCCGGAACGAACACACCAUUGUCCAGAGGGUGACCACCGCCGCAAACCUUAGCAGAGUGCCGUGCGGUUCAGACAAAGAGUGCAGGUUCGCAGGCAGGACGGUGAGCAGCAGCAGCUUGGUGUUGGUCACCGUGGCGACCAAAGAAGAAGGAGCAGCCCAGCUGACAGUCAACUGUGAGAAAAUGGUGAUCGGCACAAUGCUGGUGAAGGACAUCCUCCUGGCUCUGACACAGUGACGUGUGCUCGACUUUUGUCGCCCCUGCCCCCUCACACACCGACACCCCUGUCACAUAUCGUCCGAGAUUCAUCACACGCGUAGCAUCUCCUCCGUUCUCCUGUAAGCAGCGAGGAAGUUCCCAGAAUGUUUAAUUCCAGUUUGUUGUUUGGUUCAAAAGCCUUCUAUGGUUAGAAAAUACUCCUGUAUCCACUGAAUGCCACAGCUGUACAUGAUACUUUUGACAAUCAGUCAUGACUAAUGCUGAACCUGAUAUAGAACCAUUCUCUCACUUCUAAAGUUUAUUACAUAAUUGUCUAAAUAUACUUAAUUUGCAAUGAAUUUUCCUUCCUUGAGGAGACAAUUUGAUGAACUGGAUUCCAAUUUCCGAUUCGUAAUCAACUCAUAAAGGAUAGAUUUGUGUAUCAUUUCUUUGCACAGGGUCCACUUAAUAAAUGUUUUCAAGCUUCUGGCCUUCCUCAACACAUGGAGUUACCAUACUCCAAUGUGACUAAGCAUAACGAGAAUCAAACAUUUCCUCGUCUAUGAACAUUUCUGCCUGUCACAUCAGAUAGAUUCCCAUCGGCAGUCAGGGUUGCUUAACAAUGAAGACAGCAGCUCCCAUGAUCCCACGCUACUUCACAACAUCUUUAAAGUACAUCCUUUCAUUGUUGAAUUGAGAGAUUCUAGUGGCAGAAAUUUCUGUGUUAAAACAAGGUUCAAAAGAAAGAUAUAAAUAGAAGUGAAGUAAAAUAGCAGUCACAAAUAAGUUAGAUAAAACGGGAGCAUUAAAAUUAUAAUAUUAGGGGCUGAGAAGUCUGGGUCAUUUAUUAUGUAGCAGCAGUUGGAAAUAGAACGCUAGUCGACUGAGAGGAGGUCAAAGUUACUAAGAUCCAAUGUUAUGAUCCAUUCAAUGAUAUCCACUCUCAAACCACUCAAAACAUGACCUCACUCAUACACUCCAUCUGCAGAGGAAGGCCAUCAGAUUUGGUUUAACAUUUUUAAAGACACGAAGUUAGUGAACCUUGAGUUUUUACAUAAGGGCGUCUUUCUCUGAUGCUUUUCAGAGAAGAGAAAUUAAAAAGUGAUCAAGUUUCACCCAUAAACUUUAGAGCUAAGUUGCCCGAGUAAGUUCUUCUUUAAGUGGUUGCACAAAGCUGUCAUACCAUUUUUUUAUUUUUAGCUUGUUAGUUAUUGUCUCUCCAACCAUUUUAAGAUGUAGAUUAUAGAGGUAGUAGUUUAUGAACUCUAGGUAUGAAUUUCCUUGCUAAAAAACACAUACAAAGGUAAUCCUCCUUUCUCAUUACUUGAAUGUAGCAUGAAGGCUCAACUGAGACAACAACUACCUAUAACGAAAUCAUUUUGGCACAAUAAAUGUUGUUAAUCAAUAACAACAUUCCCGGGAAUAAAGACAGAUAUCCAUCUCAGAUUCUGCGAUUUUAGCAUUUGGCUAGCUCUCAUAGUGCACAUGUUCAUUACAGUAUGUGGGGCAUUUAUUAAAACAAACCUGAAGAUGUAUAAAUGUUAUUGUAUGUAUUGCAACCUGUAAUACAGUCCUGCUAUACGUAAGUAAGGUGUGGUGUGUCUGAGUGUGUGUAUGUGUGUGAGUGUGUGUGAGAUGACACUGAAUAUUGAUUGACCUGGCGAACAUCAACUGUUUUCAAAAAUGACUCAAAAUGACGCUUGACUUGAAAUCAUCAUGAGGCACAUUCUAACCAUUAGUUCACCUGAAAAUAAGAAAUCAUGUCUUUGACGACUGUUAUUUUAAUGUAUUUUUUAUUUGAAAAAGCGACAGUGAACCUUAAUUAAUAUUCAAACAAAUGUGAAUUCACCCGAGUUUCCAAUGCAAAUGUUUUUGGCAAAUCUAAUGAACAUUUGUCAUAAAAUUCAAUUAACGGUUACAUUCAGUUUUGAAUGAUCCACAAAGUACUUAAUAAACUACUCAGUACACAUGGUAAUAUGUUAGAAGAUAUGUUUCUUCUCCAAAACCCAAGAUUUCCAACUUCUUAAUGCCAUAGAAUAUGAAUAUAACCAGCAAAUAUUUACAUUUCAGGUGCUGGAACCAGAGAUUUGGAUUAUCAAAACAGCUACUGACUGGUUUUAGCUGCUCCCAAUAAUUGAAACCUUUCCCCUAACUUUUAAUGGAUGUUUAAAUUAGUUUGAGUAGGACAUUGUAGUGUAUUUUCUUUCUUAAAGAAUACUUAUGGAUUACAGUUGAAAAAGUGCUUCUGAUAAUAUUGUGAAAGCAUUUUCAAAUCGAGUGUUGUCUUGAUUUCAUUUGUCAGGCAGCACUGUUUUCAUGCCUUUUACUAUAUUUUGAUUUUACGUCAGAGGUCUUGUUGCUUCUCUUUUGUUAUUCUCAUUGUGUCCUGUGGCUUCUUACCUUUGAUGCAUUAUUUAUUGUUUCUAUAUUGUUGGAAAAUGUAACAGCUGUGUUUUACCAAAGGCGCACAGUCAAACUUCAGCCAUCAUCGUAGGAGACCGAGCGGCAGCAGCAGAGAACGGUUUUAUUUUGGCCUUUUUGCAUUGUUUACCUUUGAAGCACUCACACCUGAAAUGUCCAUUCAUCGCAGCAGAGUCAUGAUGAAGAAUGUAAAGAGUGAGAAAUUCUACUUUUAAUGUAAACAUCUACCGAGAAUGACACAGCUGGAUAAAAUAACCCCAUAAGUCAUGUCUGGCAAAUUGUUUUGCUUUCAGAUAUCCAAAGUAUGGUUUAUCAUACUCUGUGUGUGUUUGUGAAAUGUGAUCCUGAAGUAUUACAAGUUUAUUUAUUAUACAAAUAAAAAUUACAGAUACA